AUGUCUAAGAAUUCUCCCCACAAGCACAAGAGCUCCUUCACGCCGAGCAGCACGAACCUCUUCGUCCGCUACCUGCCCCGCGAGGUGGACGACAACCGUCUGCGCGAGAUCUUCUCCGCCUUCGGCAACAUCACCUCGUCGAUGGUGAUGCGCGACAUCUACAGUGGCCAGAGCCUUGGAACGGCGUUUGUGCGCUACGAGGAGCACGAGGAGGCGCUGCGCGCGAUGCGUGAUGCCCACGGGAUGCCGCUGCUGGGCAAGACGGUGUCUGUGCAGUGGGCGAAGCAGCAGCACGACGACACGCCAGCUGGGCAGGAGCGGCUGAGGAUGAACAAGCUGUUCCUGCGCAACGUGCCGCUGGAGGUGACGGAGGAGGACCUGGUCCAUCUUGUGAGCCCCUACGGCUCUGUGAGGAAGGUGACGAUGCACAAUGACACAGCCCCACUGAUCGACGCGACGGAGCGCCGCCGCAUCGUCUUCAUCACCUUUUCCGAGCAAGGCGCUGCAGAGGCUGCGCUGCUUGCGGUGCACAACACCUGUGCCUUCCACCAGUGCCGUGGCAUCCCGCUGAUGGGAAAGCUGUCAGAGGACUACACGCAGAAGAUGCGGACACCGCGGACCGCGCAUGUACCUCAUUCGUGGCAGUACGGCGGCUCAGAAAGGUCACCGAGCAGCAGCUACUUGAAGGCGGUGAAGCUGUGUUCAGAAGACCCGGCACCUCCGGUGCUUGGCCGCUGCGCCAGCGGAAUGAAUGCAGCCGACUGCACCGGCAUAGAUACACCGCGUGGGAUGGAAACGCCGCGCAGAGUUGGCACCGCAUUGAUGAGUUGCCCCAGCCACUCCCAGUGUACGGCUACUAUGGCAGUUAUGCGUGGUUUGGGGAACACGCAGCGUGUAGCUGCGGAAAGGACUGGCUUCGUGGCGGCUCCCAGGUGCACUUGUGAGACGUUUGUGGGGCCGACGACGAUACACGCGCUGGAUAGCGGGAUUACCGUCACGAUACGCCAUCGCCCUUCUUCACGGACUUUUAAAGGCUACUCGUGA